AUGAGUUCAAAGGGAUCCACCAACACGAACGCUUUCAAGACAGUUCUUCCUCGACAGACUAGGCCGGCAAAAUCGUCGGCUGACCAAAUGUUUUGCGACCCAGAGAACACUCGACUAAAAGCCAUUUUGGGCGAGGCGCUUGCACGCGCAGCCAUGCACGAAGAACAGCAGAAAGUUUUGCUUAGCAAAAUAGAUACAGUUGUCGCAAACUCAAUUGCACUUCAAAAACAGAGCAGCUCUCUUAUCGAGGAGCGCCGCGUCGCAAAUGAGCACGUAGAGUUCCUACACAACCAACUUCAGCUUCAGAUACAAGUACCUGGUGCUUCAACCUUCACCACCAUCGUCAUCCCGUCUACAAAGAUUGCCCCUGUUAAGAAUGCCUCAGCGGAUGGCUCUGCCCUUGCUGCCCGCGCCCUCCAACCCGAAAGUGGACCAUUUGCGUAUGGAUUUGUAUACCUGUCUUGCCGCCACCACCUCAAGUACUCCCAAGUACGAAAGCUUUUGAGAACAUUCAAGAUCCAACAGUCCCGUGUCUUGGACAUUGCGUUCCCGGAACGCGGCACUCUCUCUCUCCUUGUGCACAACGACCUCAAGGACAAGAUCACCCAGCCCCCCGCAGACACUGGGGUGUCUGUGAAGAUAGAUUUUGAUCCCUUGGACCAUCGGAUUAUUGCUGAUCCGGCACAUGCCCACAAACCCGUGCAGGAACGCCAACAGCUUGCAUACAAGCUACACCGCCAACGUCUUCUCACUCUCUGCCUUCGUCUCCCUGACCCACUGGACAAAAUGGAAAGUAGCUCUCUCCGUCUCCUUCCAGUCUGCCUUGAGCAGUAUCUGGAAGACCGAAACCUUCCGUCUGGCCCCCAAGCCAGUGCCAUUGACACUGCCGCUGCCAUGGGUACUUGUAAGAGGCAAUUUAACUUAUUACAAUACUAUUGCGAGGAGGAACUUUCAAGUUGCAUAGCCUUUACGUCCAGGUUACUAGCUAGCACAGGGUUUAUAUCAUUAAUGGAGGCGUGCAAUUACAUUCAAGAUUACCCAUCAAAUUUCAAUAGGCGCACUUCUUCCAGCUUGGGGCGCUUGAUUAAUGAGAUUACCACACGUUCUGGUGGCCAGGCGUGUCUAAAGAUGAGUGGUGCGGCAACACCUCUUUAG